GAAGUCCAGCAGCACCCGUGUAAACAGAGUUCCUUUGCAAUUUUCUUUUUAACCAUAAUUAAUCGUUAUCCCGAAGUGAAGUAGACUUGAAGUCCACUUAUUUCUGAAAAAAAAUAUUGGCAGUGAGGAGGUGGAGACUUCCGGAGCUCUUUAAUAGUAAUGAGGAGGAGGAGGAGGCAGGCGGAGGUUGGGCUGACAGGCAGCCAGUCUGAGACCUUUCCCUGAUAUGGCGGCGGCGGCGGUUCCCUUCCUGGCGUGGCGAUGGGGCUCUGCAGGCAGAGCUCGAACUUUCCAAUGUAUACGACAGCUGCACACUGUAUAUCAGACAGUAGAAUUGCCGGAGACUCACCAGAUGCUCCGGCAGACAUGCCAGGACUUCGCUGAAAAAGAGCUGGCUCCCAUUGCUGCUGAGCUGGACAAGGAGCACCGCUAUCCUACUGAUCAGAUCAAGAAAAUGGGGAGUCUUGGACUGCUAGCUAUGGAUGUGCCAGAGAAAUACACGGGAGCAGGACUUGAUUACCUGGCGUAUUCCAUCGCCAUAGAAGAAAUCAGUCGGGGCUGUGCAUCUACAGGUGUCAUCAUGAGCGUCAAUAAUUCCCUCUAUUUAGGACCAAUUCUGAAGUUCGGGUCUGAAGACCAGAAGCACAAGUGGAUUGCUCCCUUCACCAGUGGGGAGAGAGUUGGAUGCUUUGCCCUCAGCGAACCAGGAAAUGGCAGUGAUGCAGGAGCUGCUUCAACAGUCGCCCGGCUUGUUGGCAAUGAAUGGGUCUUAAAUGGCACCAAAGCCUGGAUCACCAAUGCCUGGGAUGCCAGCGCAACAGUGGUGUUUGCCACCACAGACAAAUCCCUAAAACACAAGGGUAUUAGUGCCUUCAUUGUUCCAAUGCCAACCCCAGGCUUGUCUCUGGGCAAGAAAGAAGACAAGCUGGGGAUCCGAGCAUCAUCCACUGCCAACCUCAUCUUUGAGGACUGUCGUAUUCCCAAGGAAAACAUGCUGGGCGAGCAGGGAAUGGGCUUCAGAAUUGCCAUGCAAACUUUGGAUUGUGGCAGGAUCGGAAUUGCCUCACAGGCCCUGGGAAUCGCCCAGGCAGCUCUAGACUGUGCUGUGGAUUACUCAGAGAAGAGGAUGGCCUUUGGUGCUCCCAUCACCAAGUUGCAGGCUAUUCAGUUCAAGUUGGCUGACAUGGCACUGGCGCUUGAGAGUGCUCGUCUACUGACCUGGAGAGCAGCCAUGUUGAAGGACAAUGGGAAACCGUUCACCAAGGAAGCUGCGAUGGCCAAGCUGGCUGCUUCCGAGGCAGCGACUGCCAUUUCCCAUCAGGCUAUCCAGAUCCUGGGAGGCAUGGGCUACGUGACAGAAAUGCCAGCAGAGCGGCACUAUCGUGAUGCUCGAAUUACUGAAAUCUAUGAGGGAACCAGUGAGAUACAGAGGCUGGUGAUCGCAGGGCAACUGCUGAAGGAGUACCGAGGUUGAAAUCAGAGGGCUGGAGAAGGGGGAGACUUGCCUUCAAGUGCCUCUUGGUGGUAGACUGUGUUUCGGGCAACAGCACUUGCCAGCUGGGUGCCAGAGAGCAAGACUUCUCUUUGGUUAUUGACCUUUUCUGGGACUAUUUCAAUCCUAAUGGGUCAGACUGCUUGAUUUUGAUUGUUCUGAAAUGGUAACACAUACACCUCUUAGGCUAGCAGUGGCUAAUCAGAGCACCAUGAGCCUUUUGAGAGAAGGCCAGGAGUUCAUUAGGUGAGUCUGUUUGGCUGAUGUUCAAGCUGCCGCUGUACUGUUUUGGCUGAUGUUCAAGCUGCCGCAGUACAACAUUCACUGGGAUGGAAGCUUUGUUCUAAAGCAGAAAACAAGAAGGGAGGACCCAGCUUCCUUCUAGGGAAAACCAGGAAAACUGACUGGUCCGUAUCAGAUGAUGGUCUGAUUCUCCUUGCAACACUCUACCUUCUGCUUGUAUUGAAUGAAUUUCUGAUUACUUAACUGA